AACGAUUGCAAAGGAAAUGCAUCAAUGCAGUUUUAAUAGAAGCCACACAGACAAGAGCAGAGUAAACCUGGAGAAUUGCUAAUCAAACUUGUUUAAAGGAAUAAAUGAGGGAACAUGUACGUUAGUACACGCAUAGGAUGUAGAAAAGGGAGGUGCAAACACUUCUACAUUUCCAAAACUAUUCAUUGCUUCAUAGACCACCACAGAUCCUGACUGAAGACAGAUCCUAACUCUUCUCUCCCUCAAGAUUUCAGGCUGUAUCAAUGGAGUCUCUCUCAGUGUCAACCAACAGCUUCACUCUGGACCUUUACAAAAAGCUGAAUGAAACUUCCAGAGGCCAAAACAUUUUCUUCUCUCCUUGGAGUAUUGCAACUGCUCUUGCCAUGGUCUACCUGGGUGCAAAAGGUGACACUGCAACCCAGAUGGCUGAGGUUCUUCAUUUUAACCAGGCUGCAAGAGAAGAAAGCUCAUCUGGGACAACAAGGCCUUCUCUGGGGAGUCCAAAGAGAAGAAAGAUGGAUCCUGAGCACAAGCAAGCUGAAAACAUCCACUCUGGCUUCAAAGAGCUGCUGUCUGCCUUGAACAAACCCAGAAGUACCUACUUGCUUAAGAGUGCCAAUCGACUGUAUGAGGAAAAGACCUACCCAUUACUGCCCAAAUUCUUACAGCUCAUUACAAGCUAUUACAAUGCACAGCCACAAGCUGUAAACUUUAAGACAGCUGCAGAACAAGCCAGAGCACAAAUCAAUUCUUGGGUUGAAAAUGAAACUGAGAGGAAAAUACAGGGUUUGCUGCCUGCAGGAUCUCUCAAUUCUCGCACUGUGUUGGUCUUAGUAAAUGCCAUUUAUUUCAGAGGAAAUUGGGAAAAGAAAUUUCUGGAGAAAAAUACUUCUGAGACACCCUUCAGAGUGAGCAAGACCAAGACUAAACUGGUACAGAUGAUGUUUCUGAGAGAUACAUUUUUGAUACUCCAUGAAACAACCAUGAAAUUCAAAAUCAUUGAGCUGCCAUACGUGGAAAAUGAACUGAGCAUGUUUGUCCUCCUACCAGAUGACAUCAAUGAUAACACUACUGGUCUGGAGCUGGUAGAAAGAGAGCUGACCUAUGAGAAAUUGGCUGAAUGGACCAAAUCGGCCAAUAUGAUGAAAGCUGAAGUGGAUCUGUACCUGCCCAAGCUGAAGGUGGAAGAGAAUUAUGACCUUAAAUCCACUUUGAGCAGCAUGGGAAUACAAAAUGCUUUUGACCCCCUUCAGGCUGAUUUCACAGGGAUGUCAGUGAAGAAGGACCUUUUCAUCUCAAAAGUUAUUCACAAAGCUUUUGUGGAGGUCAACGAAGAAGGUACUGAGGCAGCAGCUGCCACAGGUGUUCUGGUGAUGAGAUCAAAAGCACCAAGAAUGACUUUUAAAGCUGACCACCCUUUUCUCUUCUUCAUCAGACACAACAAAUCACAAACCAUUCUCUUCUAUGGCAGACUCUGCUCACCCUAGUCAGUUACUCCUGGCCCUGCAGCGCCAGAGAUGCUU